AUGUCCAUCGAAGUUGACUGGGCCCGAGCCACUUCCGGUCCGGACGGUGAAGCUCUUGCGGAGCGAAUUCGCUCGUUUGUCCACGACAGAUUUCAACAAGUUCCGCUCCCACGAUUCAUCCGCUCCGUCCAGUGCCAUGCCUUUGACUUUGGCACAAUAGCUCCAGACCUGGAGAUCAAAGACUUCUGUGACCCCUUCGCAGACUUCUACGAGGAAGAUGAAGAUGACGCUUCUGUGACCUCUGAAGAACUCGUUGGCGAUGAAUGGUCCGGUCGGAAUUCGGACUCUGUGUACGAUGACGAUUUGUCGCAGAAUCACCAUCACCACCACCACCAUCACCAUCACCAAGAUCAACAGCCAUACGCUGGGGAAGGGUUUCGGCCUUCAGCUUUAAGAUCUCCACUACCAUUGGGAGAUCAUCUGAAUCCACAUCUUCAUCCGCGCGCGAGUACACCGGGUAUCCCAGGCGGCACAUCAACUCUCGGUUACCACCUGAUGUCUUUGGGUGGUCUCUCGGGAACCCAGACACCCUUGGCCGCUGUAGCUGGUGCAACUCCUUUCGCCAGCAACUGGUCAGACUACGGCAUGGGCCACAGCGACAGGUCACACUACCCCCGUCGACCUGGCGGUCCAUUCUCCCAUCUCGACACGGAACCCGAGCACGCAAACCCAACCUCUCGGCCAUCGACAGGCGAGGUAGGGAGCAAUAGAUCCCAUCGCACCAGCAGCGGCUCAGCAGAUAUCCCCAAGCCUUCAACCGAAAUCCCCACCGACCCCACCGCUCCCAUUCCACCUCGAAUGCGCGAGCGGCGGCCAGAAGACUUCCAAAUCCUGUGCCACGCAAAAUACGCCGGGAAUAUCCGUCUCUCGUUGACAGCAGAGAUCUUGCUCGAUUAUCCCAUGCCGAGCUUUGUCGGACUACCCCUAAAACUGAACGUCACGGGCAUCACCUUUGACGGGGUGGCGGUGGUUGCGUAUAUUCGUAAACGCGUUCACUUUUGUUUUUUGUCUCCCGAAGAUGCGGAUGCGCUGUUGGGCUCUGAGGACCAGGACAAGGCCGGUCACCAACAAGGUGAGGACGGUCGACCUCGUUCCGGAGGGGAUCUCAAGCGGCAGGGUGGUCUGUUGCAGGAGAUUCGUGUAGAGAGUGAAAUCGGCCGCAAGGAAGACGGCAAGCAAGUACUAAAAAACGUAGGCAAAGUAGAACGCUUUGUUCUGGCUCAGGUGCGACGUAUUUUCGAGGAGGAACUGGUCUUUCCGAGUUUCUGGACAUUUCUCAUCUAG